AUAUCAUAACUUCAUUUUUGGAACCCACAUGGUGUAUUAUCACCCCAAGAAACUUCACGUUCAGGAGGAAAACCUACAGCAGCUUCUCGUCUCAAUUGUCCUUGAGUCAGAAUGUGAAAUGUUCCCCAGCAUCUCUUCAGAUGAGUCCUAUACUUUAAUUGUGAAAGGACCAGUGGCUGUCCUCAAGGCCAACAGAGUCUGGGGAGUAUUACGAGGUUUAGAGACCUUUAGCCAGUUAAUUUAUCAAGAUGCUUAUGGGACUUUCACCGUCAAUGAAUCCACCGUUAGUGACUCUCCCAGGUUUCCUCAUAGAGGAAUUUUAAUUGAUACAGCCAGACACUAUCUGCCAGUUAACAGUAUUCUUAAAACUCUGGAUGCCAUGGCUUUUAAUAAGUUUAAUGUUCUCCACUGGCACAUAGUUGAUGACGAGUCUUUCCCUUAUCAGAGCACCACUUUUCCAGACUUAAGCAAUAAAGGAAGCUAUUCUUUGUCUCAUGUUUAUACCCCAAAUGAUGUCCGUAAGGUGAUCGAAUAUGCCCGAUUAUGGGGGAUUCGAGUCAUACCAGAAUUUGAUAGCCCCGGACAUACACAGUCUUGGGGAAAAGGUCAGAAAAAUCUCCUGACUCCAUGUCACGAUCGACGUUCGCCUUCUAAUAACCCUUUUGGACCUAUAAAUCCUAUUUUGAAUACAACUUACAGCUUCCUGUCUAAAUUGUUCAAAGAAGUCAGUUUGGUAUUUCCAGAUCAGUUCCUUCAUUUGGGAGGAGACGAGGUGUCAUUUAAUUGCUGGCACUCCAAUCCAGAUAUCCAGAAUUUCAUGAAGCAGCAUGGCUUCGGCAGCGAUUUUGAAAAACUACAAUCUUUCUAUAUUCAAAAGCUUACGGAUAUUAUUUCUACUGUAAAGAAGAGACCCAUAGUCUGGCAAGAGGUUUUUGAGAAUAACUCGAAGCUUCAGCCAGGCACUGUAGUUCAAGUAUGGAAAGAGGGGUAUGAUGUUAUACUAAGCCGUGUCACAGCAGCUGGCUUCCCCGUGAUCCUCUCUGCUCCGUGGUACUUGGACUGGAUCAGUUAUGGACAAGACUGGGUAAAAUACUAUCGCGUGGAACCUCUUGAAUUUAGCGGUUCAAAGGAACAGAAACAGCUUGUCAUCGGUGGAGAAGCCUGUCUGUGGGGAGAAUUCGUGGACGCGACCAACCUCACUCCGAGACUGUGGCCUCGGGCAAGUGCUGUUGGUGAGAGACUCUGGAGUGAGGAGUCGGUCAGAAAUGAAGAUGAUGCCUACAAGAGGCUGACGGCUCACCGCUGCAGGAUGGUCCGACGCGGGAUAGCUGCAGAACCUCUUUUCACUGGAUACUGUGACAAUAUGUUGAAAUGAGCUGAAACCAGGAGGGAAGAGCCCACAGCAGUCUACUAAUCAACUCAGUUUUGAAAUCAUGUAAAUUAAGAUUUGGUACAUUGUGUUUGAAUAAAAUAUCUUUGUAUUGAUUGAACUUUA